ACCAACCCGAGUGGGCAAAUCUGAUCCGCAGAGCGUGAAGUAAGCGGUCAGUCCUCGGGCACUGGAGAUCAGAUCACGGGGCGUGGGCUCCGGAAAGAUCUUUCACUUUUCAUACAACUACAACAAAUUAGUUCACUUCAGGACAGAAAAUGAAUCGCGGAUCGCAAAAGUCGAGUGAUGAGACGCUUAUAGAAAUGAGCCGAACUGCUUGGUCCAGCGGCGAAGACAACAAUGGCUUCCAUUCCAAUUCAGAUAAGGAGACGUUUCAACUUGGAAAUGCUGAGUCCAGGUUGAGUGUUGUGUCUGAGUGCACAAGCACAGUGUCUGCGUGCUCGAGUCGCUCUUCGGUGGUUGUGUGUGAGGAGUGUGAGAGAGAAAACACUGUGCACAUCAGCAGCUUUGAAGGGAUCUGGAGAAAGAGAGCUUUAUUUCUGAAGUAUCGCUCCAGGGUGGAUAAGCAGCAGCAGAGUAAGGACUCCGUGUACUUCAGGGAUGGUGUACGGAGGAUAGAUUUCGUCCUGUCUUACAUCGACGACAAGGAUGGAGAAAAGAAACAGGACCGAAGGAAGGUGUUUGAGGCUAACUUACAGAAAGCCGGACUGGAGGUGGAGACCGAGGACAAAUCUGAGUCUGAAGAUGGAAAGACGUACUUCUUGAAGAUCCACGUUCCAUGGGAGGUGCUGGCGACAUAUGCCGACGUCCUGAAAAUCAAAGUGCCUUUCAAAGCCAACGAUAUUCCAGAAAAUAAAGAGGUGCCCAUGGGCUGGCUCUUCACGCCCUUCCGCCUGCCCGACCAUGUGAUGAAUCCAGAGCCCGACUACUUCACCUCCACGUUCGACAAGAGCAAGAUCGACUUCUUCCUCAUUGAUGAUAAGGAAACCUUCUUUCCUGCAUCCACGCGCAACAGGAUUGUUUAUUACAUCCUUUCCCGAAUCCCGUACAGCACCGAAGACAAGGAGAAGAAGGGCAUUAAGAGGAUGCUGAACAACGGGACCUACACGGCCGCCUUCCCUCUGCAUGACUGUCGAUAUUGGACCAGGUCUCGUGAUGAUAACUGUGAGAGCGAACGAUAUUCGCUGUAUAAAAACUGGGCUCGCUUUAGCAGCUUUUACAAGGAGCAGCCGCUCAACCUCAUACGGAAGUACUAUGGAGAGAAGAUCGGCAUCUACUUUGCUUGGCUGGGUUUUUACACGGAGAUGCUGUCCUAUGCUGCGGUUGUGGGUUUACUCUGCUUCAUCUAUGGUGUGGCCACCUUUAAUGAAAACAUCGUGAGUAGAGACAUCUGCAAUGAGACCAUCGGCGGACAGAUUGUCAUGUGUCCGCUCUGUGAUAAGAAAUGUGGCUACUGGAAGCUCAGCACAACCUGCAGCUCUUCAUGGCAAUCAUAUUUAUUUGACAAUGCAGCGACGGUGUUCUUUGCUAUAUUCAUGGGAAUAUGGGUGACUUUAUUCCUGGAGUUCUGGAAGCGACGUCAGGCCCGGCUGGAGUACGAGUGGGAUCUGGUGGACUUUGAGGAAGAGCAACAGCAGCUCCAGCUCAGACCCGAAUAUGAGUCCAAGUGCACCAAUCGACGACUCAACCGAGUCACGCAGGAACAGGAGUGGGUUCUAGACCAGACUCCAGCUGAUAAAGCAGGCAGGUUUAUCCUGUGCUGGACCACUGUUCUCUUAUGGAUCUCUCUGAUUAUCGCCAGUAUUAUCGGUGUGAUUGCGUACCGUCUGGCGGUGUUCGCUGCGUUCGCGAGCAUCAUGAAGGACAGUCCCACUAAUAAGCUGGAGAUAGUGGGAAACCUGAUCACGCCUCAGUUCGCCACGUCUGUAACGGCGUCCUGCAUCAACUUCGUCAUCAUCAUGGUGCUGAACUUCCUGUAUGAGCGCGUCGCCAUCAAGAUCACUGAUAUGGAGGUCCCUAAAACACACGUUGAGUACGAGAACAAGCUGACGAUCAAGAUGUUCCUCUUCCAGUUUGUCAACUAUUAUUCCUCCUGCUUCUACGUGGCUUUCUUCAAGGGUAAAUUUGUGGGAUAUCCUGGAAACUACGCCUACAUGUUUGGGCCAUGGAGUGGACUGAGAAAUGAAGAGUGUGAGCCUGGCGGCUGUCUGAUCGAGCUGACCACUCAGUUAGUGAUCGUGAUGGUGGGCAAGCAGGUGUGGGGGAACAUUCAGGAGGCUCUCGUCCCCUGGCUGCGUAACUGGUGGGUAAGCAGAAGUGCUCGCAAUCAUCCGGAGAGUCUGUACAGCCGCUGGGAGCAGGACCACGAUCUGCAGAACUUAGGGCAGCUCGGCCUCUUCUACGAGUACCUGGAGAUGGUGAUUCAGUUUGGCUUCAUCACUCUGUUCGUGGCCUCUUUUCCUCUGGCUCCGCUCCUGGCUCUGAUGAAUAAUAUCCUGGAGGUGCGCGUGGACGCCUGGAAGUUCACCACUCAGUUCCGCAGACCCGUCGCUGCUAAAGCGCACAGCAUCGGCGCCUGGGAGGAAAUCCUCAACAUGAUCGCAGUCUUCUCCGUCGUCACCAACGCUUUCAUCGUGUCCUUCACGUCUGACAUGAUCCCGCGGCUGGUGUACCAGUACGUGUAUAAUCCGGGCAAUGGGGUCACCAUGUCGGGAUACAUCACCCACAGCCUCUCCAUCUACAACAUCUCAGAGUUUCCUCCCGAAAACCGUCCGGACGAUGACGAAAACCCAGACUGGUUCAACACCGGCAACUACACCACCUGCAGGUACCGAGAUUACCGAUAUCCUCCAGGACACGAGAAGCAGUACAGCCACAACAUGGAGUUCUGGCACGUCCUCGCCGCCAAGCUGGCAUUCAUCAUCAUCAUGGAGCAUGUGGUGUUUGUGGUGAAGUUUUUCGUGGCGUGGUUGAUCCCCGACGUGCCUUCAGACGUGAAAGCCCGUGUAAAGCGCGAGCGUUACCUCAUCCAGGAGUACCUGCACGACUAUGAGCUGGAAAAACUGAAGAACCAGCUCAGCGUGAACAAUGACGUCCACAAUGACAUUACGGCGUGCACCUGUCCCACCACAGAGGCCUUCCCCAAACUGGAGGUAUUAUCAGACUGUCUGACCUAACAGAGGUCACGUGACACCCUCUGAACCAGGACACAAAAAACACACACACACCACAUGAUUAAUGUCGUAGACGCAUUUACUCUUUGGUGUAUUCCUCGAUUAAUCACACUCCUAUGUUAAAUCUAAAGGAAGAAUCCACUAGAUCUGAGUCUGUAUAGAAGAAUGAGACGUAUGAAGCGAAACUAUUUAUGCGCAGUCGACAUUUGAGCUCCGUUUUAACUCAUUUCCGUCUAUGCAAAUUGCACUUCGUUCUUGUCAAGAACAAUCUCGGUCUCUCGGUCAAUCUACUCUAAGUGAAGUUUCAUCAACUAAUUUCGAGAGGAGCACGUGAUAUGAUUGAGCACGUCUGGCCGCUCAUCUGUAAUCAGUAAUAAUCCAAUCAGAGUGAUCCUAGUUUACUAUAAAUGGAUCAUUUUCUCCCUACUGCUCUAUCUUCGUUUGGAAGAAUCCCCCCUUCCACCCCAUCUCCUCCUUUUCCUCCCUUUUCUAAAGGGGGAGCUCUCGUGACCUACCUGAUCUCGGAUCUCCUGAUAUGCUUAUCGACCGGGCGGGAGCCCUGGGCUCAAAUAUCUCCGAGCUCAGGGUUCUCUCCCGGGACAGCAUGCCAAACCUGCUUUAUACGCCAAGCAUAUCUAAGUGGGAACUCUUGAAUUCCCUUAUAUUUGUUCUCGGUUGAUGUUGCUCAUUUUUAUUAUCCUAUUAGACACUACAAACAUACAGAGCAGACGUUUAUGUUCGAUAUGAAACACUGUGUGAAAGUCAAGCAGCUGAAGCAGCAGUGAUAAUGUUAAGUUUACAUUUAAGCCCCAAAACAUGACAGAUUUUAACCAGUUCACUCUUAAUUACAAUAAGGAUGUCUCCAUCACACAGCGUCAAAACAGUCGAUACUUGUACAUCAACAUUCACUAAUUAUAUUUUGAUGAGUAUCUAAGUACUCAGUACUUGUGUUUAGAUGAGUACAAGAAUAAAUAACAAGUACUUCACUCCACAGUAGAGAUGUAAAUCAUUUUCUUGACUGGGUUUUUGUGAGCCACUAUGAGUUAUAACAAUGUCUCCACACAGCUUUGAUAUAUAAGUACUGAGUAUUUACAUGUUUAUAUGGAGUAUAGACAUUCGCUAACCAAAUCAGUGUUGUCACAUUACUGGAAUUCGAUAGCAAUCGGUACAGAAGUUUAAAAAAUGUCCGUUUCCCACUGAUAUUGCCAAACUCUGAUAUUGCAAUGUUUAAUUUUUCUACAAUAAAUAUUGCGAUAUGAUGGUUUGAAAAGCAAUAUUUGAUGGAUUUCUGGGGAGUCUAACAGUAUUCAGGUACUGAAAUUGAAUAAUCACGAUGCAAAACAUGCUUCUCUUGCUUUCCACAUGGGCUCAUUCUGAAAGCGUAGCCCUGUGUACAUUUCUGGAGGUCGUGAAUUAGGUAACCAGAGGAAGGUAUGGCUGCAUUUCAUUUUUUAAAUGAACGCUAUAGGGAGGUAUGACGCCGUUCCUUUACGCGCUUACCAGCUGACUGCUUACCUUCGGAUGGAUGGUUUUUAGGCUGCUACCACUUUGUCCAGUAGUUCGCAUGUAUGUCGGUGGACUUGAGAUGCAGAGAGGAUAUGACCACGACGACGGGGUUUGAGUCUGGUUAAGAACGGUUCCAGAAAGCGGGUAAAAUCAGAAGACAAAAAAUAAAGAAGUAAAUAAGAGGGUGAGAAUGUGGUAAAAAUCAGACAGGGCUUUUCUUUUUCUGAAUUGCUUUUUAAAUUUGUCAGUUGGGAUUAGGGAAGUGGCUGGGCGGGUCAAUCUGUGCUUUUUAAAAUACUAUAGGUUGGAUUUAGAGAAGGGGGAGGGUGGGUCAGUCGAUCGGUCAUUCAGUCAGUCAAACAGUCAGUCGACAGCGACCUCUGGUAGAUGUACGAGAGCUCAAAAAGCGUACACAGUGGGCUCUCGUGGAUUCGCAAAAACAAAAACUGCAAAAUAAUGUAGCUUCUGGGAUAUAUUUGCCGCUCUCCAGAAAUGUAUAUAGAGGUACAUUUUCAGAGCCUGGGUUGCUUACUUUGCUUUGUCCCCUUUGUGGUCCAAAUAUCAAAAAAUUCUGAGAUCAAGUAAAAUUAAUGCUUUGUUUUCAACUUCAGAAUGAAUGAAGUCAAAAUGAAGAGUUUUUCCUUAAAACAAGCAUAAUGAUCUGCCAGUGGGAAAGUAAAAUAGUCUGGUUUUCACUUUGAAAUAUAGAUAUUUGGACUAGAAACAAGACAAAAUUCAUAAUUUUUUUGCAUACAUUGUUUAAAUUCUGUAUAAAUACAGCAAUUAAUUCUGUAGCUCCUGGUCAAGUAUAAUCCAGAGUCAACAUUGCAUAUCUUGCGAUGUGACUAUUGCGGAUGUGCACAUUGUGAAAUCAAUGCUGAAACAAAAUAUUGUGCAGCCCUUGUUCUUUAACAGCGCUGAUUUGCCAUUGUGUUCACGUGCUCAACAGAAAUGACAGAACAGAAAGUUUCAGUAUCGAUUGGUAUCAAAUUCCAGUAUCGUGACAACACUACUACCAAUUACCAAUUGCAUUUGGAUGAUCACCCAAGUACUUUUUUGACGAGUUCAACAAAUACAAGUACAUAAAACCUAAACUGCGUUAAAUAUUAACCUUGUUCUUGACACUUGCAUUAGUAUACAAGUACCCAGUACUCAUAAAUCAACCAGUAAUACAUGAUGAUUGUAUUCUGAAAAGUAUCCAAGUACUCAGUACUUGGAUGAGUACAAGAAAAAAACAAGUAUUAGUAAACAAUUUUCUGGACCAGGUCUGUGUGAAUUACUCUGAAUUAAUACAUUCUCCACACAGCUUUGAAAUACAUUUGAAGUACUCAGCACUCAGAAAUACAAAUACUGAAAUGAAUGCCGCAUUUUUCUUGUCUUGAGUUUGCGUGAUUCACUUUAAAUUACAAGAAUUGUCCACAGUACUCAGUAUACAAGUACUCAGUACUCGUUUUUGAUGAGUACAAGAAAUACAAGUACCUUACAAAUACCACAGAGUGAAAUAUAAACCAUUUGAUAUGGUUUGGACAAGUAUGAAUCACUACAAGAUCUACUACAAGUACUCAUAAUCAUGAGUAUUCAAGUAGUCAGUAUCUGUAUUUCAAUGAAUACAAGAAAAUCCAGUACCUAUAACCCAGACUGCUAAAAAUAAACAUACUUUUCUUGGCAGUACUUGCAAUUCAUCAGUACUCAGUACUCUACUUUUUUUCAUGAGUACAAGUACUU